AUGAGGGUUUUUGGGAUCUUUGGCUUGUUGCCCAUCUUUCUAGUUGCUGGCAGCUCAGCCACGUCCGACUCGACGUCUGACUCUGCAAUUCUUGGCGAUGACUAUGUCAAUUUGAACGGACGAUUCAAUAGCGCAUAUGAGAAAGCAAAAAUCUUCGUUGCUAAGUUGAACAACACGGAGAAAAUCACCAUCAUUACAGGCGGUAGCCUCGACGGCGACAACACCUGGACAGCCCUCAACACCAAAGAUGGCGUCUCCGGUAUCAAUUUUCAGUUCUACGUCUCAGGCUUCACCAUGGCAAACGCUCUGACUAUGUCUUGGGACCGAGAUCUUAUCCAGCGCCAAUUCAAGGCCGUUGGCCAAGAGUUCUACGACAUGGGCUACAACUUGAUCGACGGCCCUGAGCCCGGUCCCCUGGGACGAGUCCCUUUCGGCGGCCGUACACCCGAGACGUUUUCGGCCGAUCCUUACCUUUCUGGAAUAGCGAUGGGCAAAGCUAUUACCGGCAUGAACUCUGCUGGUGUUAUUGCUGGCGGAAGGCAUUUUCUCCUUAACGAGCAGGAGACCAACCGAUCGUCAGGAACUUCGGAUAGCACCAGCGAUGUUUACUCCUCCAACGCCGAUGACAAGACGAUCCAGGAACUAUACGCCUGGCCCUUUGCAGAUGGCGUCAGGGCUGGCAUGAUGGCUGUUAUGUGCGGUAUGACUCGUGUGAACAGCACACUGUCUUGCGAAAACAACAAUCUUCUCAGCCGCGUUCUGAAAAAGCACAUGGGUUUCCCAGGAAUGGUCUUCCCUGAUGUCAAUUCUCAGUCGACGUCGUACAAGUCGGCCAAUGCAGGUCUCGACUUUGGGUCAAGCACUUUGUGGACAUCUAAGAUUCUGGAAGCUGGUAUCAAGAACGGCAGCUUCACACAAGAGCGCUUGGACGACAUGGCGGUUCGAAAUGUCAUGGGCUACUACUACGUGGGCCUUGACAAUGGCAAGCAGCCGUCCAAAGCUGAUGCAACAGAGUAUCGCGAUGUACGUCGUGACCACAACAAACUUAUCCGUGAGGUCGCUCGUGAGUCUAUCGUCCUGCUGAAGAACUCAAACACCAGCGGCCUUGGACUUCCCCUCAACAAACCACGUACUAUAUCGCUCUUUGGAGCUCACGCUGGUCCUUGUAUGGCUGGUCCCAACCAAGCAUUCUCUGUUCAAGGAACCGACAGUGAUGUUUACCAGGGACAUCUUGCCAGUGGAAGUGGAUCUGGUCAGCUGUCGUUUCCCUACCUCAUUACUCCCUUCCAAGCUCUUACGACCCGCGCCAUUGAGGACAACAGCAUGAUCUGGUGGCUCAUGAACGACACGUAUACUUCCAGCUCUGGGGGCGGUAUGGGUGGUGGUAUGGGCGGAGGAGAUAAGCCCGAUGGCAUGCCAGAAAGUUCAUCUAACAGCUCAACUGGCUCAGGUAACGGGGGAUCUCCUCCUAGCGGUGGCGGCGAUGCUACUGGCGGUGUCAAUCUCGGAGGUCUCGGUCAGGGUACAGCUGUUAGCCCUUCGUUCACCAACUAUGCUUCCAAUUCCGAAGUUUGUCUUGUCUUCUUGAACUCAUACUCAGGCGAGGGCGGCGAUCGAAGCGAACUUUCGAACGAUGACCAAGACACUAUGGUUACGACUGUUGCUUCCAACUGCAAUAACACCGUUGUAAUCGUCAACACUUCUGGUCCACGCAUCCUCGACGCCUGGAUCGAGAAUGACAACGUCACAGCGGUACUUUACGCUGGUCUUCUGGGUCAAGAGAGUGGUAACGCUAUUGCGGACGUUCUUUACGGCCAAGUAAACCCCAGCGGCAAGUUAACACAUACCAUCGCCAAGAACGCCUCUGAUUAUCCAGCUUCCGUCUGUUUGACCGAGCAAUGUGACUUCACUGAGGGUGCAUACAUCGACUAUCGUUAUUUUGACGCCCACAACAAAUCAGUGCGAUAUCCAUUUGGACACGGAUUGUCGUACACCACGUUUGAGUAUGGCAAGGUGGAAGUCCAUGUCAAGGACAGCAAGGCCCUCUCUUCAAAGCACCCAACCGGUAAACUGGUACCAGGCGGGCAAUCUGACCUGUGGGACGAGGUGAUUGAAGUCAAGUCGACCGUUAAAAACUCGGGUGAUCUGAAGGGAUCCGAAGUUGCACAGCUCUAUAUCACAUUCCCAGACUCGGCCGAUCAGCCCGAACGCAUCCUCAGAGGCUUUGAAAAAGUGAUGGUAGCUCCUGGUCACACUGCUGAGAUUUCCUUCCCACUUCGUCGUCGCGAUCUGAGUUACUGGGAUACUAAGGCACAAAAGUGGACGGUUGCGGCUGGGGCGUACAAGUUCACCGUUGGUUCUAGUUCACGUAACCUUCACCAGAGUGCUUCACUUACCAUAUAG